CGACGAAGUCUUAUUCGCUGAAGGCUCCUGGUACGAACCACCCUACUGCCGUGACUACACCCUUCUUGCUGAAGAACAAAUUGAGGCAAACAAGGUGGCAAUUCGAGAAAGAGCAAAACUUCUUGAAUCAGUCCGGAAGGAAAGGGAGUUUGAAAGGUGAUUAUGCGAAGAAUCAGAAAGGAUGCAGAAAAUGUUGAACGACUUCCAAAGAGAGAGACUAGAAGCCGAGGCUAAAGCUGAUGAAUUAGUCAAUGAUCUCUGUAAGGCUAUUGAGCUUAAACGCUCCCUCCAAUCUCAAAAUCAAAUGAGGGAGAUUGAUGCUCAGAAAGAGGUUCUAGAACCUAAGACCAACCCUGAACCAUUCAAUCAACAGGUUCCAGUUCUAGAAGAUUCACCCAGUCCUAGCCAAGUCCCAACCAGCAUAGUCGUACAUGAGGUGGAACCAACUAAGGGACCUGACUCAGAACCACCUUGGCUUAUUCAAGAAAAGAAGGAGGAGGAAGUUUUUCCUAUGGCAAUAAGCGACCAUCUCCUUCAUUGUGUUGAAGACACACCUCCAGAGGAAUCUGUUCUGGAGGAAAUAGAGCCCAUUACCUGCCCCCAAGAUAUCAAUGUCCAAGAGUCCGAGCAGGAAUCUACAGGCAAGGAAAUACUUUGCAUAGAAAAGCCAACUCCGUCUAUAGAAACCUGUGUACGUAAUGCUUCAUCUGAAGACGCAGACCAAACCUUCUUUGACUCCCUACUUGACGGGUGUGACAAUAUCUGCCCGAAGGAUGGUUGGAGCUUAAGGAGUUGGGAUGAACUUAUAAUGAGUGACAUUGAAGACUCAUCCAUGGGGGAAGGCACGGUCAUAAUCAUCAAACCACAAACAGAUAGUGAGCCUGUCGAAGAUAAGGAAGAAAUCAAUUUCGCAAUCAAGAAUCUGGAAGAGCUCCCCUUGCACUCAGGAGAAGCAAAGAAGAAGUUUCUCACUUGGGGAAACACGAAGAUGCUCCAGCCUCCCAUGGUGCUGGACCCUGCCUAUCUGGAUGAACUUGGGCACUGGCAGGACAUAGAUGAAUUGCUGUACGACCCAAAAUGGAGGAUCCUGCUAUUCCUGCAUGCACCAGCCAUCCUGGAAGUCACCAUUGAGUUUCUUUGCUCUCUCCGCUUCCUCAAUGACGGAGAGGAAGUAAAGUCAGCAGUUGAAGUCACCUCCACCACCAAGGUCACGUUCACUCUGAUGGGACGACUGCUGAACCUUACCGUGGCAGACUUAGGGUGGCUGAUUGGUCUUUACACGCUUGAUGAAACGCGGAGCCUGGCCUUCGCUAAUCUGCCCGACCAGUUGGAUCCAGAAUUCGAUGCUAGAAAGUUCUGGCAAGCUCAUGGGCAUGGUCGAUUUCACAGUGGAGCAAGCUUAGCUAGGAAUAAGGCAUGACCGUCUUGGAGGAUUUUGCACCAUGCAUUGGCUCUUAGCUAUUUCGGCCGCUCUCAAGAACCUGACGUUGUGUUUAAUUCCGAUAUGCUAUUUUUCUCGAGUCUGGAAGCUCGCGUUCCAGUCAAUCUAGCGACUUUUGUGGCUCGAUUCCUAUUUGCUCAGUCAACUUGCAACCACCAGUUUGUCUUGUGUGGGCCAAUGGUUACGCUUCUGGCCCGAGGAUUAUGUAUGUCUGUUCCCAAUGUUCUUCCAGAAGCUGCAAGCAUGUUCCAACCACCGACACAGUAUUUGGCCCAGAUUGU